UUGUUGUAUUUUUAGGGAUGGGGAUACCUCUUACAGUGUCCGCCGACUCCACAGGUUACAUUCCAAAUAGAUCUCGAGUUCUUCCUCCAUUAAGAGGAAGCUUUCCGUUAGAUCAUCAUGGCGUAUGUAAAGUUGCUAUGUUGGAAUGGACUCAAUGUAUGAAGAAGAAUCGUUGGAAUAAUUCUUUAUGUAGAUCUGAAGCAGCCGGUUACUUACGUUGUCGAGCAGAAAACAAUUUAAUGGAUCCCAAUGAAAUUUCCUUGCUUGGAUUCACCGAAGAAGAAUGGAAUCAAACUAAUAAACAUUUCCAAAGUAAAACGUAACAACUUUUUUUGAUUUCGUAGACAAAUAAUUAAGUACAACUCGUAUUUUUAAAAUGCAAUAUAUAUAUAUAUAUAUAUA